CGUUUCAACCAUGUGAUUCAGUUCCGAAAUGUUGAACAAAACUUGUGGCAGGCAUUCAGAUUACUUAACCGUGAGUCAAAGGAAGAACAGUUUUUAAAUCUACAGUCUGUGGACUUCAGCAUUUCCAUUGUCACUUGGAGAAUGUCAGUGUGCGUCCAGUAUUUCAGCAGCCUUCAGAAACAUAGGCAGUUCUCAAACACGCAUUAUAUUAUGGUAUUAUACAACCAUGAAAAAGGAUGUGCAUAUUGCAUUCUUCCCAGCCAUUAGAAUUGUUAUUCAGGCUUGCUGAAAGUACCAGGCACACAAGAUUUGCUGAAAGUACCAGGCACACAAGAUUGCAAGCAUUUAAGAGAGUGAGAAAAUGAAGACGAAACAUUUAUUCUGCUUUUUUGGUUUCUUUGCUAUGUUUUGCAUGCUAUGGUUUCAGCCCCUGAAAGAGAAGAAACUGGUCAAAAACAGUUAUGCAGAAGUAAGAAAAAUCCCUGAUAGUGUCAGUCAACAUGAUAUACAAACUGCACUGAGAAGAAAUGUGAAGAAGGUUGAUGGGUCAACCUUUGAAUAUACUGAGGUGCAACCUUUUUGGGAGGGUGAUAAUGAAAUUUAUGCAGGUGAACACAGUCGUGAAGUUGUUUUGAGAGAAAUUAAUGGAACAAAAUUAUCAACUGGACCAGAUAUUCAGGAUCAAAGUCUAAUCAAGGAAGCUUUGCCCAAUGGAAGGCAAGAGGCUGAAAAGAAAUCUCCAAAUGAUCCCAAACUAGCAGUGAAACCUGCCAAAGUUCUGCAGGCAGAUCAAAACACGAACACACGUUCAAUUUGGAAUGAAGACAGCUCUUCGAUGAAUCUUGUUCCGCGCCUGCGUACGGUAAAGAACAAUUACGUGGCUAUGAACAAAUACGUUGUUAAUUUCACCGGGAGAAAACACUCCAGAAAGCUCAGCCGUGAAGAACUCAUUUGUGAACUGAAACAAAGAGUCCCAGUGAAGACAAUUCAGUUUGGCGAAGAUCCUUUCACAACAUCUGACUGGCAGAAAUCUCUGCCAAGCAAGUCCUUAAUGGAAGAACUUGGGCAAUUCCGUACGUGUGCUGUGGUGUCAUCAGCUGCCUCUAUCCUCCAUUCCAAACUGGGAAAUGAAAUAAAUGGUCACGAUGCUGUUCUGAGAUUCAAUGCAGCACCUACCAGCGGAUUUGAGUUUGAUGUGGGAACAAAGACUACAAUUCGAAUAAUUAAUUCACAGGUCAUUUCAACAGGUGAUUACCAGUUUCAUGCUAAAAGUUUAUACAGAACCGGAGUCUUAUUAACCUGGGACCCAGCACCAUAUGCAGCUAAUCUUUCCGAGUGGUUCAAGAACCCAGACUAUAAUUUCUUUGAGGACUACAAAAAGUACCGUGAAAAUAAUCCAGAACAACCGUUCCAUAUUCUCCACCCAAGCAUACAGUGGAAGCUGUGGAACAUUGUGCAGGAGAACACUGCUGAGAACAUCCAACCGAAUCCUCCCUCCUCUGGGUUGAUGGGUAUUGUGUUAAUGAUGACCCUCUGUGAUCAAACUGAUGUGUAUGAAUUCCUGCCCUCACAACGACAGACUGACCGCUGCCAUUAUUAUGAAAUGUUUCACGAUCAGGCCUGUACAAUGGGUGCUUACCACCCAUUAAUGUUCGAGAAAAAUCUGGUGAAACGCAUGAACCAUGGCACAGAUGAGGAAAUCCACAUGUACGGCAAAGUGACUUUGCCUGGUUUUCGAACAGUGCUGUGUCCUAGCACAUGAACGAUAAACAACAAGUCUCAUCACUGUGACUGGACUAAACAUAAUAACAUAAUCUGAAUGUCAAGUUCAUUUUCAUUUCAAUUUAUUUUUAAGUAACAGAUCUUUUUAGGAACUAAAAUCAGCAAUGAACCAUACCCCAAAGUUAAGUUACCAUACUUGGGUCAGAGGAGAUGUGAAAUGUAAAAAGGUCCCUUUUCCUUUCUUCAUAGAUGCUGCCUGACUACUGAGUGGUUAACCCCUCUUUAACCCAUCAUCCCCUGUCCUCUACCCCAUUUUCUCCUUUCUCUUCCUUGCCCUGCCUUCCUCCUCUCUGUUAGUCCUUAAAAGCCUCUCCUUCCCAAUAUCUGAUGAACGGUCGUGGACCUGAAACGUGAUUCACUUUCCUUUCUCCAUAGAUGCUGCCUGACCUGCUGAGUGUUCCCAGCGACUUCUGUUUUUGUUCCUUUUUCUGUAUUUGACUUCCAAACCCAGUUUCAAACUAGGAAACUAUGAACUAAUAUAAUGUCCCGAAUAGCAGCUAAAGUUGUCCCAGAUAGGGAAUGUCUUCAUGCAGGCAGUUUGAAGGCAUGCUGUCACACAAUGUACACAAUGUUAGAAAAUAAGAGUAAAUAAUUAAGAUAUCUGAAUAUUUCCAAUGAAAUGGGAAUACGUUCUUUAGGAUUUUUUUAAUGCUAAUGUUUCAGCCAAAGAUGAAGCUUGGACCCGAUGGGAAUUGAAAAUUAUUACAUUUUCUUUUCAGCAACAUUCAGCAACAUUGCGGCAGUAGUUUUAUUGUUUACCGUUUCAGGUUGUGUAAAAGGACCUUCAACAUGUAUAUACAUAAGUAUAUUAAUGGGUAAUUCUACCAAAUGUGCUUGUGGUGUCCCCUCUUAAAGAAUUGUUUUGUCUUUUCUAGCAAUGAUAGAACCUAUUAUACCACGAAAACACGACAAUAAAUAUGAAUAUGGUUAUCGCUACAGUAGUGCAUCCAGGAAUAAAA